AUGGCGGGCAGGAUCAUCAACGAGUCUGCUCUUCUUGAUGCGAUACGUGAGCUUCGCGAAGAACGAGGCAGGGGAGAGGAACUCGUCAUGUUCGAUGAGAAACAAUACGCUUCUGCCUCCGAGUUAUUCACGGACUUCAACGAGAUUAUGGCUAUCAUCGGCCCUCAUGGCGGAGCGAUGCAUCAUCAUCGAAAUGAUGCCGACAACUUUUACGUCAAUGGCAAUAUACGAGGAGGCGUCGGUGCUUUCCCAAACCGCGAUCUGGCAAACCGCUUGGACGCUAUUGGCACUCUCGCGCCACAUCAGGAUUACAAACAUUUCUUUGAUGUGUGUGUCCAGGAGCCCACGAUUGUCAAGCGAUUCCCGAACCGUUUUGUUGGUCAGCCUGAACUCCCUUGGGAUCAUAUGUCUAUUCCUCCGACCAAGGUCCGAUUUUUGUAUCAGACUCUACGAAAUGUUGUCGUUGUUCAAUUCUGCGUGUUCCCCGUUCCCGGUCUAUUCUAUCUAUAUUCAGUACCUUCAUUGCAAUCAGCUGUUGCUGCCUGUCGACGCUACCUAGAUUCGAUGGAUCUCUUCCCUUCGUACACAUUUUCAUCCUCCUCCUUAUCCUCUCCUCCUCAUCUGUCGGUGUUUCUUUCGGUACCAAUACAGACAACGAUCCGAGUCCCACGGAUCCUAUCUGCGAUAACUGAUUUGGGAUUGUGA